AUGACCUCUCCACCCAAAUUCCGCUUCUCUACGGUGACGGGGUAUUUCAGCCAGGAUGACCCCGCCACCGACCCCGACACGUUUGACUACGUCAAAUCAAAUUUCGGACUCAUUCACCGAAACUAUGAUCAGCACGAUGGAAAUGACCAGAUUGGCAGCCAAUGGCAGCGCUUUGAUGCCCACAUCCGGCGCCUGAACGCCAUCAGCGAGACCAAAAAGCUGAAACUCCUCUUCCUCGGACGCCACGGCGAGGGUGUCCACAAUGUCGCUGAGCGCAAGUAUGGCACUAAAAAAUGGGACGAUUACUGGUCUCUCCAAGAUGGAGACGAGGACGGUAGCUGGGUCGAUGCGCGUCUUACUGAACAAGGUAGAUGCCAGGCGCGGACUGCAAAUGGUGCCUGGGAGCAGCAGAUUAAGACUGGCAUUCCGGCGCCCGAAUCCUACUACGUUAGCCCCCUGAACAGAUGCCUUGAAACAGCCCAGAUUACGUUCAAGGAACUUGAAAUGAUUGGUACGGAUCCGUUCAAGCCAAUUAUCAAAGAGCUUCUCCGUGAGACGAUGGGCCAGCAUACUUGUGACCGCCGCUCGUUGGCUACGAAGAUCGCAGAAGAAUACCCGGAGUACCGCUUCGAGAACUUCUUCUCCGAGGAAGACCUCUUGUGGGAUCCUGAGGUCCGUGAGUCAAAUGAUGAGCGCAACGAUCGGCUUCGUUCUCUCUUGAAUGACAUCUUUGCUCGUGAUCAGAGUACAUACAUCUCGUUGACUGCUCAUUCUGGCGCCAUUACUAGCAUUUUGGAGGUUGUGGGCCAUCGCCAUUUUGCCCUGGCCACGGGUGCAGUGAUUCCUGUUCUUGUUUCGGUGGAGAAGGAACAUACCCCAUCACAGUCGUUGUAA